AUGGCUAUUUCAGCUUCAUUGCCCACAUUAACUGGCUCAUCCCACACCUCACGACCGUCCCUAUCCCUCGAUAUUGCCAACAUGCGCGCACUCUCCCAGCCGACACCCCCCUCCAACACCCUCCUAAUCACCGAUCUCCACGAUCUACUCGUCUUCCAACCCUCAGCACUGGAAGAAAUCCGCAACCAAAUUACCGCCGUGGCCCCUCUAAACUCCUUCUCCCCACUCCCCUCAAUGCGCCGCAUCGUGUGCUCCUUCCACAACGACUCCGACGCCACAGCAGUGCGCCAACUCCUCGACGGCAAGCGUCUCCUAAACCGAGACGUACACCCCCGGAUCUACUUCGGCGAGCCGACCGCAAUCCUAGACGGCGGGCGGCCCAAACUCCUCGAAGCCCCGCAAGUCUCCAAGAUGUUCUUUAUCUCGCCGCCGCCCAGCCCGCCCCACGGAUGGGUCAUGCGCAACGAGGACCCGCCCAACAAGGAAGUCCACGCGACGGAUCUGGCCCAUGCACUGUCCAUGCUGAAGACGGACCAGAUGCAGCCUGAGACCUCUACCGACCCGGCCACGCCGGUCUCUAUCUCCUCUGACAAGCGCACGCCCAGCUGGCCGCUUGCGGGCUCCCAGCAGCGUAGCAGGAGCAGCACCCUCAUCUACAAUCCCGAGGACCAUGGUGGUAGUCCUAAUCUUCCGGCUGUUAUGGUUGAGGAUAUGACGCUGGAUAUUGAUGAAGACGUAGAUAUGGAUGCGUUGAGCCCGAUUGAGAUGUCGGUCAACCAAAUGCCGCCUAAGACUGCUCGUCCGCCGGUUGAGUUGAUGGAGUAG